AUGGCGGAUACGAAUGAGGAUGAAGCGACACAACAAGAACAACUGAAAACUAUGAUUUCGGAAGAGAUUGGAAAGGCAAUGCAGGAAAAUAUGCCUCAUUUAGCCCAAGAAGUGGAAAGUCAUGUGUUAGAUGUGGUGGAAACAAUGAUGGCAAGUAAGAUGGACGAGUUGAAGGGAAUGAUUGGAGAUAUGCAAGGAAGGAAAGGAACUUGCGAAUGCACUUACAAAGAAUUUAUGGCGUGCAACCCAUUACCUUUCAAAGGAGAAAUUGAUCCUAUAGCAUGUCAAAGGUGGAUUGCAAGUAUUGAGGCAGUGUUCGUAAGGAGUCAUUGUGAAAAAGAGGAUCAAGUAAUGUUUGCCACCAGUUUGUUACAACUCCAAGCUAAAGACUGGUGGGAUGCUUAUAGUAAAGAGAUUGGGGAAGACAAAGUUCAAGUCUUGACAUGGAUCCAAGAAGAUUUCUUUCAUCUCCGUCAGAAAGACGAAACCAUUGAUGAAAUCACCAACACUUUUCUUGACAAGCUGAAAUUCUGUAAAGAAAUUACGGGAACGGAAAGAAUGAAGAUAAACCGCUAUCAUGGUAAGUUGAAGGCUGAAUAUCGGGAGUUCAUAAUUCCUGCUAAAUGUGAAACCUUGAAUGAGCUCAUUAACUUAGCCCGAGAUAGGGAGAUUGAACUAAGAAGACAGGCAGAAAGAGGUGAGAAGAGAGUGUCUGAGAAUGUUCCCAGCUCAAGCCCGUCGAAGAAACAGAAAUUUCAAGAUCAGAGCAAGAAGGAUAAGGUGAAGGGUAGCAUUCCGAAAUGCAAAACGUGUGGGAAGUUACACACGGGGGAGUGCUUGAAAGGGAAGAAGGGCUAUUACAAUUGUGGUCAAGAGGGACAUCCAUACUAUAGGUGUCCUAAUCCUUCCAGAACGAGCUAUAACUCUUUCCAACCGGGUCAUAUUAAGGCUGAAUGUCCCAAGCUUCAACAGAAAACCGAUAAGGAAGCAAGAAAGGAGGAAGCCCCAAGAGCUAAGGGGAGGAUGUUUCAGAUCACGACUGAAGAAGCAAAGGACCACCCGAAUGUUGUAUCAGGUAUAUUCUUAUUGAACUUGAUGCCUACGUACGUGUUAUUUGAUACUGGAGCCAGUAGAUCGUUUGUAUCAAGUGAAUUAGUAUCACACCCCUCUUUUAGAAUCGAAAGAAUGCAUGUGCCAUUAGAAGUAGAGAUAGCGGAUAGUAAGAGUUAUUUGUUGCACGAAGUUUGUAGAGAUUGUGAAAUUAUCGUUGAAGAUGAGAAGUUUGCCAUUGACCUUAUUCCCAUGGUUUUGGGAGAAUUCAAGGUUGUAGUUGGCAUGGAUUGGCUAGCCAAACAUCAUGCCGAAAUUCAAUGCGAGAAAAAGCUGAUUCAUGUGUUAACACCGGGUGGAAAAUGA